AUGGACAAUAAUGACCAAACAGAUGGUUCAAUGAGUAACUCAUUUUCAGAUUAUGGUGGUCAAACAUUUGACCAAUCCAGGAUUUAUGAAUCUCGUGAUGAUAUGUGGAAUGGCGCUCAGUAUGAUGCGAUGCCCAAUUAUGGUUAUCCUAACUCGUAUUAUGAUAAUGGUAACUCGUGGUUGACGGAGGAUUAUAAUGGAUAUCGUAGGUUAGUUGUUGAUACGUUGUAGUCGUAAGACGGUAUAGAUCACGAGGCAUAAAUUUCUGUGGUUUGUGUCUGAACGACCUGAAAAAGAUCAACGGCAGCUUAUUGUAGAAUACUGCCUACGCUGCACCCAUUUAAACCUUUAUCUGAUAAUGGCAUACUCUUACUCCUAUACGCUAUUGCAAAGAAAAUAAAAAUUGAAAAGUAGAAAAAUAAUUAUAUUUUCACGCUAUAUUUUCACUCAUCCCGUUUCAGUCUGUUAUAUAUAGUUCAGUGGUUUCAACCUUUCAGCCAAUCAAAUGCCAAGAUGCAUUUUGAUGGCAGCCGGUCUUUUCAAAAACGAAAACAAAUAUGGCUGCCAGUUUUCGUCAUAGGGCGGGUAAAAUUGACGGACUUUAAAGCGAUUUAAACUUGGUUUUUAUAAAGUGAAUUGCUUUCUGAACGAAAACACUGAUUCCUCAUGUACGAUGGAUAUUUUACGUCGGGAAUAAAAGGCCUAACAUUGCAACUAGCACUCUGAAAGGUUUGUUCAAAUAUUUAUAUGCCCGGCAGGCUGGGAAGUAAAUUGUUAGUAUACAGUAGUUAAUGUUCUUUCUUCUCAUUCCAAACUAUCUAUAAUAUUCAUGUAGCUAUCUUGCAUGGUACUAAUUAUUGUAGCUUGCAUUUUAUAGUACAGUAGAUAUUUUAACGAAUGAAAUUUCGACGAAAGUCUACAAUAUAAAUUUCUUUUCUUUUUAUGCUGAGAUAGUCGAGCCUGAAUUUCAAACAGUCACUCAGUACGUAACUUGUCCCUGUCCUGGAUAACUAAAACGAGAUUUAUUGAAGAACGAGGCAUUUCAAAACAGCGCGAAUUUAUUCGAGGCUUCGUCGACCGACUUUAUAUGAAUGCCGUCAUGAAUUUUCCAUCUCGCUAUCUACAGAGCUUUGGCAAAAAUGGACGCCAGAAUUGACAUAUACAUGCUCAAAUUGAAUUAGUCUACAACCAAAAUUUCACGUUGUUUGGACUGUUAGAUCACGAGUUGCAACGUUUUGAAUAUUUAGUUUUUUGUUGACUGGGAUUUGCUAACCCGCGUAGAGAAAAUGUAUACAAAAAACGAAAUUUUCAAAACUUUAUAACUCGCGACAUAACUUUCCAAACAACGUGAAAUUUCGGUUAUAAACUAAGUUGAGCAUGGGAAAUUCAAUUCUGGGAUCCAUUUCCCCAAUUGUGAAGAUGAAAGAUUGAUGACACUAUAAAGUUGGAUCGUUGAAUAGAUGAUUCCAUGCAGCUAUGGACUAAAUUUUGAUCUAGGCAAGAGGAACAAAAUCCAUCACAACAGCUAGAAAGAGCAUGUUACCAUUUGUAAAAUUGCAAAGUUUAACCGCGAAAUGUUGUAAAAUGCGGAAAAUAUAGCCCUACGAAAUUUGCAAAUUUUGUAUUAAUUUGUAUUACGCACGGGAAAAUGCACCACAUUUAAUACAAGUUAAUACAAAAUUUGCAAAUUUCGUAGGGCUAUAUUUUCCGCAUUUUACAACAUUUCGCGGCUAAACUUUGCAAUUUUACUCAUUUUAACAUGCUCUUUCUAGCUGUGGUGAUGGAUUUUGUUCUUCUUGCCUAGAUCAAAAUUUAGUCUAUAUCUCGAAUCAGCUAUUCAGGCCGGUUUUUUUCCAGGAGUUCCUCUUUGGUCCGUUUUUGCAGAGAAGAUUGAGUUUAGCUGAACAGUUGGGGUGCAUUGGGGGGCUGACACCUGUUCUCAAUAAAUGUAGUUGAGACGCAAUGUGUUAAAGCAGGGGCACUAAGGGACACUAUAAACUGGUUAAAGACGGCGAAUGUACAGUUUUUCUUGUGUUGUGAGAUGUCGGGUUUUAAUUGUCGGGUUUCCAACUGAAAACUAUAAUUUCCACAUGUUACGAAUUUAACUCAAACAACGUCAUUUUACUGCACUGAAACUUUAGUGAGAAGAUUGAGUUUCAAAACUCAAUUCAAGAUUGAGUUUUUGGGGCCGUUUUACGGCCCUAAAAAAUCCCGGAAAAAACCCCUGCUAUUGUAGAUUGGAAAAUUGUAUUGAUCAAGGUGCUUUUUCUUUAGAGCUGGGAUGGUAUUCGGAAACAAGACAAAGGAUGCAAGUCAUGAUAAAGAUUCUCUAAAGAAGUCCAAGAAUAUAAUGGCAGUACCACAUCCAGAUAAAAACUGGAGACACAAGAACGGUGUCUGGUACUACGUGAAAGAAAGUGAAAAAACACACAAAGGUGACUAUCAUAGCAAGUUUUUACUCCCAGCUAUAAGAAAAUGGAGACAAGCUCAUAAGAAAACAAUUGGACAUAAAAAUAAGAAGAAGCAUACAUAA